CUUGUUCCUCAUGAAAUGACUGAAGCUCAGUUUUGGACCAAGUUUUUUCAAUCUCAUUACUUUCAUCGCGAACGAGAGGUCCUUCCUAACCCUAGCGAUCCGUUUGCCGACUGCGUGAAGAUGGACGAGGCGGAAAUGGAGAAGAUUCAAGGCGAUGGGAUAAACCGAAAGCGAUUUGAUCUGGAUCACCUCGAUGACAAUAGCCUUAAGGAUUUUGUGAAAUUGGAUAACAUGAAGGCUCCACAAAAGAGCACUCUGGUACGGCGAUGCAACUACCUUUCCGAAAAGAUUCUAGCUGCGUUAAAACCGUCUACUUCUACGGCUGAUGGAAACAAAGGGGCCUCGAAGCAGUCUGGAUUUAAUGUUCUGAAUCGUAUUAUGGAGGAAGACGAAAAGAGACUAGAGUCUGAUGAGCUGGUCGAUCAAGAUAGAGAACAGGAGUGCCAAGGUGUUGCUAUCAAAGAGGAUCAUGAAGGAGUCAAUCGGUCAUAUACACCCGAAGAAGCCGCAAACUAUAAAUCAAUAGUACUGACGUUGCUCGAAAGUUCCUCCGAUGAG